CGCGCUGGGAGGAGCCGAAUGGCCGCGUAACGGGAGCGGCGGGGCCCGGCGGGCGGCUCUGGCCGGGGCCGCUGACCGCCCCCUCGGAGCGUCCCUGCAGACAUGGCGCAGAGCUGGCUGCGCCUCUCGGGAGCGGCGGAGGAGCAGCCCGGGCCCGAGGCCAGCCCCGAGGAGCCCGACGCCCUGGAUGACAGCCUGACCAGCCUGCAGUGGCUGCAGGAAUUCUCCAUCCUCAACGCCAAGGCCCCGACCCUGCCGGCCGGGGGCACCGGGGACCCCCACGGCUACCACCAGGUGCCAGGCUCCGUGGCGCCCGGCUCCCCGCUGGCCGCUGACCCAGCCUGCCUGGGGCAGCCGCACACCCCGGGCAAGCCCACCUCGUCCUGCACGCCCCGGACCGCGCCCCCGGGGGUGCUGCAGGCCCAGCCCCCCGACGACGUGGACUACAGCACCAACCCGCGGGUGAAGCCGCCCUACUCCUACGCCACCCUCAUCUGCAUGGCCAUGCAGGCCAGCAAGGCCACCAAGAUCACCCUGUCGGCCAUCUACAAGUGGAUCACCGACAACUUCUGCUACUUCCGCCACGCAGACCCCACCUGGCAGAACUCCAUCCGCCACAACCUGUCCCUGAACAAAUGCUUCAUCAAAGUGCCGAGGGAGAAGGACGAGCCGGGCAAGGGCGGCUUCUGGCGCAUCGACCCCCAGUACGCCGAGAGGCUGCUCAACGGGGCCUUCAAGAAGCGGCGGCUGACCCCCGUGCACAUCCACCCGGCCUUCGCCCGCCCGGCCGCUGCCAACGCCGCCGGCAGCCUUGGGGCCACCAAGGCCUCCCCCACGGCCACCUCCACCGCCGCCCCCCAGGAGCCCAGCGCCUCGCCCUGGCCCGGGCCGCUGAGCGUCAACGCCGAGGCCCAGCAGCUGCUGCGCGACUUCGAGGCGGCCACGGGGGAGGCCAGCUGGGGGGCGGCGGGCGAGGGCCGGCUGGGCCACAAGCGCAAGCAGCCGCUGCCCAAGCGGGUGGCCAAGGCGCCCCGGGCCCCCAGCAGCCUGGUGCUGCUGACCCAGGAGGAACAGAGCGAGCUGGAACCCCUCAAGGGCAGCUUUGACUGGGAGACCAUCUUCGACGCGGGCACGCUGGGCGGGGAGCUGAGCGCCCUGGAGACCCUGGAGCUGAGUCCCCCGCUGAGCCCAGCCACCACCGACGUGGACCUGGACCUGACGGUGCACGGCCGCCACAUCGACUGUCCCGCGCCCUGGGGACCGCCCGGCCAGCACGAGGCCGCCGCCGACAGCCUGGACUUCGACGAGACCUUCCUGGCCACCUCCUUCCUGCAGCACCCCUGGGACGAGAAUGGCAGCGGCUGUCUGCCCCCCGAGCCCCUCUUCGAGGCUGGAGACGCGGCCCUGGCCGCAGAACUGCAGGACUGGACCAGCGUGGGCGCCUUCUUGUAAGAAAGGAGCAGCCCCCCGAUUUCCACCCACACCUCUGGACAGCGCCCCAGGCUGGGCCCAGACUGUCCCCACCACACACUCACACACCAACAUCGCCUCCCACCAUGACCCGCUGCAGGCCAGGCCAGGGCACCCAGCCUCCAGCCCAGACUGCCCCCAUUGCAAGCUCAGAAGGAUCUGGGGGCCCCAUGGGACCGGAUUUGCUGCCUCCCCGCACCUCCACUCUCCAUACAGUGUUUUAUUGAACUUCUGGACUUUGUCGGCCCUGCCCCAGGCACCAGAGACUGAGGAACUGUUACUGUCUGGGGGGGCCUGGACUGGGGGGCAAGGACAGUGCUGGGGAGGGGGUUACCCUAGGGUAGCUCCAGCACCCUGCUGCUCCCCCUUUCUCCCAGGUCUCUAUCCAGAGAAAGAUCCCAGGUACAACAGAUACUAAUUAGCUGACAGCAAAUUAACCCCCCGGGGGCCAGGGUCGAGGCAGCUCCCGUCAAAGCCUCCCCAGGGCCCUGCGGAGCGGAGGGGGGAGGGGGACAGCGUGCCCCAAGUUGGUACAGCACGGCCCAGAAAUUUUCUCUAAGGCCCUGGAGGUGGGGGCCAGGCAGGGAGGUGGAGCGGCUGGAUCUUGGAUCUUCAAGCCUGACCCAGGGCUGAGAGCAGAGGUAGUUGGGGGUGCUGGGGGGGGGGGCCCAGGCUGCGGAGGGACAAACUAAUAUAGCCAGAGUAGCUGUAGCCCUAGCGGGGAGGAACGUCUGUGUGAGAGAAACUUGGGGCGCGGGGCCAUGGUCCCCCCACGCUGCUGGUCUGCACUUGUGGGGGGGUGGAGGAAUCCUCACUCAGUCCACCCUGAGCCCCCCACUCCCCGCCAGACUUGGAUCCACCCACUUCCGCCUUCACACACACCCCCCAUGGGGCAACUUAACCUUUUUUCACGGAAAGUUAUUUACGAUACAAAAUUUUUCAAAUUAAAGUUUUUUAAAAUCAAAAAAAAAAAAAAAAGGAACAAAAA